AUGAGACCGCGGCCCGACGGUCGGGGCCUCCGGGUGGGAGCGGCGCUGUCGCCCGCGAUGCUGCUGCUGCUGCUGCUGAUGCCGCCGCCGCCGCCGGGACCCCUGUGGGCGGCGGGCACGCCUGCGCCCUCGGCGUCCGGGGCUGCGCAGAACGGCGCGCCGGGCGCGGGCCGCGUCAAGCGCGGCUGGGUGUGGAACCAGUUCUUCGUGGUGGAAGAGUACACGGGCACCGAGCCACUGUACGUGGGCAAGAUCCACUCGGACUCAGAUGAGGGUGACGGGGCCAUCAAGUACACCAUCUCAGGCGAGGGCGCUGGCACCAUCUUCCUGAUCGAUGAGCUGACGGGCGACAUCCACGCCAUGGAGCGCCUGGACCGGGAGCAGAAAACCUUCUACACGCUGCGGGCUCAAGCUCGGGACCGUGCCACCAACCGCCUGCUGGAGCCUGAGUCGGAGUUCAUCAUCAAGGUGCAGGACAUCAACGACAGCGAGCCCCGCUUCCUGCACGGCCCCUACAUUGGCAGCGUGGCCGAGCUCUCACCCACAGGCACGUCGGUGAUGCAGGUGAUGGCCUCGGAUGCGGAUGACCCCACGUACGGCAGCAGCGCUCGACUGGUGUACAGCGUGCUGGAUGGCGAGCGCCACUUCACCGUGGACCCCAAGACUGGCGUGAUCCGGACGGCCGUGCCUGACCUUGACCGCGAGAGCCAGGAGCGCUACGAGGUGGUGAUCCAGGCCACAGACAUGGCGGGCCAGCUGGGCGGCCUCUCUGGCUCCACAACUGUCACCAUCGUGGUCACCGACGUCAACGACAACCCGCCCCGGUUCCCGCAGAAGAUGUACCAGUUCAGCAUUCAGGAGUCGGCCCCCAUCGGCACAGCUGUGGGACGCGUGAAGGCCGAGGACUCAGACGUGGGUGAAAACACAGACAUGACUUACCACCUCAGGGAGGAGAGCGGCAGCGGCGGCCAUGUGUUCAAGGUCACCACAGACAGCGACACUCAGGAGGCCAUCAUCGUAGUGCAGAAGCGCCUGGACUUCGAGUCCCAGCCCGUGCACACCGUGGUCCUGGAGGCGCUCAACAAGUUCGUGGACCCCCGCUUCGCUGACCUGGGCACGUUCCGCGACCAGGCGAUCGUGCGCGUGGCCGUGACCGACGUGGACGAGCCCCCCGAGUUCCAGCAGCCCUCUGGCCUCCUGGAGGUACAGGAGGACGCGCAGGUGGGCUCCCUGGUCGGCGUGGUGACGGCGCGGGACCCCGACGCCGCCAACCGGCCCGUCCGGUACGCCAUUGACCGCGACUCCGAUUUGGACCAGAUUUUUGAUAUCGAUGCGGACACGGGCGCCAUCGUAACCGGCAAGGGGCUGGACCGAGAGACUGCCGGCUGGCACAACAUCACUGUGCUGGCCAUGGAGGCGGACAAUCAUGCCCAGCUAUCCCGGGCAUCCCUAAGGAUCCGAAUCCUGGACGUGAACGACAAUCCCCCAGAGCUGGCCACACCCUACGAGGCAGCCGUGUGUGAGGAUGCCGAGCCAGGCCAGCUCAUCCAGACCAUCAGUGUGGUAGACAGAGACGAGCCCCAGAGUGGGCACCGCUUCUACUUCCGCCUGGUGCCUGAAGCUCCCAGCAACCCUCAUUUCUCUCUGCUCAACAUCCAAGCAGACAAUACAGCCGCGGUGCACACGCAGCACAUGGGCUUCAACCGGCAGGAGCAGGACGUGUUCUUCCUGCCCAUCCUGGUGGUGGACAGUGGGCCGCCCACGCUGAGCAGCACGGGGACGCUCACCAUCCGCAUCUGUGGCUGCGAUAGCUCCGGCGCCAUCCAGUCCUGCAACACCACGGCCUUUGUCGUGGCCACUUCCCUCAGCCCCGGAGCCCUCAUCGCCCUCUUGGUCUGUGUCCUCAUCCUGGUCGUGCUGGUGUUGCUGAUCCUCACCCUCAGGCGCCACCACAAGAGCCACCUGAGCUCGGACGAGGACGAGGACAUGCGGGACAACGUCAUCAAAUACAACGACGAGGGGGGCGGCGAGCAGGACACCGAAGCCUACGACAUGUCGGCGCUGCGAAGCCUCUACGACUUCAGCGAGCUCAAGGGCGGCGGCGACGGCAGCGGCGGCGUGGGCCCGGGCGGGGGCGCGGGGAGCCCCCCGCAGGCCUGCCUGCCUUCGGAGCGCCACUCGCUGCCGCAGGGGCCGCCGAGCCCCGAGCCGGACUUCUCGGUGUUCAGGGACUUCAUCAGCCGCAAGGUGGCGCUGGCGGACGGGGACCUGUCGGUGCCGCCCUACGACGCCUUCCAGACCUACGCCUUCGAGGGCGCGGACUCGCCAGCCGCCUCGCUCAGCUCGUUGCACAGCGGCUCAUCGGGCUCCGAGCAGGACUUUGCCUAUCUCAGCAGCUGGGGUCCCCGCUUCCGGCCCCUGGCCGCCCUCUACGCCGGCCACCGCCCAGAAGGCGAGGCCCCGGCCUCCUAG